ACUAUAUAACAUAAUUACUUGCAUUUUUUUUCCCCAAAUGCAAUACUGAACUCUAGAUUGGAAGGUGAAAAACAAAACAGAGAAGAACCACAAUCAGAAAUUCAAUACCCUUCCUGUUCAAGUUCUGCUCUACUUGAUCAUCAACUUCAGAUAUUAAAAUUACGCUUUCAGCGAGAACAAGAUGAAUGGCUUCUUUUAAAAAAACAACUAAUAGAUAAGAAUGACCUCCUGUCAGUUCAGCUUUCUAAAGCUGAAGAUAAGAACCACCAACUACAUGAUUACCUUAGAAUGAAGACAUUAAUUUUAGAAAAAAUGCAGAAAGAAUUAAAGCAGUUUAUGAAAAAAGUAAAGGAACUCGAAAAGGAAAAUCAUAUUCAAAAAGAAAAAUUGAAUAGAUCAAUUUUCCAACAAGAGUCCUUGCAAGAAAGACUAACCCAGGAAGUUCAGCAGCAGCAAAAACCAUUUGAAGAUACCCAAAACAAGGAUGUCUUUAAAAUAGUGGUAUCAAAUGGUGUUAUGGUGCAGCUUAGGGAUAACUCCCAUUAUGUUGAUACUGAAAAACAAGAUUGUGUGGCAGAAGAGAAAAAUAAAAAGCCAGUUGAUCAUUAUAUCCAUGUAAAAGAGCUACUACGUAAACAUGAAAAUGAGAAGGCAGAAAGAAAGAAUACAAUACGAAAGCUUCAAGAAGAACUUGAAGAUUCCCGAAGAGAAAAAACCAUGAUUUUACAGUUGGGUCUGUUACUUUAUCAAAAGAUUUUGGAUAUGGAGCAACUACAGAAGGAACUAGAUUAUACCACAAAUAAACUGCUGGAAUUUCAAGAACAGAAUAAGCAGAAAUAGCAGUAUAUUAAUGGGUUAGAAGAUGAUAUACCAAAGCUUAAGAUGAAACGUGCCACAUUAGAAGAUUCAGUAAAAGAGAAAAUGAGUACAACUGAAAAAGUUCAGAAAAUAAUUUUGUAUUCUGCUUCAGUCACCUCUGGGAUAAUUUUCUCAUUAAAAAAAAAUAAAGCAAAAUAAAAAAAAAACUUUUCUUUAAAUGGUA